UUGCUAAUUUUUCUGUGUGCAGUUUUGGUGUUUUUCCAAUAUCAGAGAGAUCGUGGUAUAUUUAGAGGAAUCCCGCAGGGUCACUCUGGUCGCCGAGUUUGUUUACGCCGUACAGCGCACGGAUUGCAGUUGGGCCAACAACAAGGCGCGAGCAUAAACAUCGAUAUUAACAUGGCCGGCUUCGUGGCGGUGCACACAGGGGCUGGGAACUGCAUCGACGAGACCAAGUACCAGCGGGUGAUCAAGGAGGCGUGCCUGCGGGCCACGGACAUUCUGCGCAACGGAGGAUCCGCCGUGGACGCCUGCGAGGCGGCCAUUGUACGACUGGAGAAUUGCGGCUACACGAACGCCGGCUACGGCUCCAAUCUCUGCUUGGACGGGUCAGUGCAGUGUGAUGCGGCCAUAAUGGAUGGCUCCACUCUAAACUUCGGAGCAUGCACCAACGUCAGCCGGGUAAAAAACCCCAUCCAGUUGGCCAGACGCAUCUGCGAUGCCCAGUCCACUCCACAGCUCUUGGAACGCAUUCCACCGAUGAUCCUCGCCGGCACUGGAGCGGAGCGCUAUGCCGACGAAGUGGGCUGCUCUAUGGUGGAUCCCGCCGUCCUGAUCUCAUCGAAGGCCAAGUUCCAGUUCAAUCACUACAAGAGCAAGUACGAUCUGGUGGUGAACAGCAGAUUGGGCAAAGCGGCCUCCGAGGAACCUGUAGCCGUCCCGGAACCCGGAAACGAAGUGGAACUGGCCGCCGCCCUGGACACAGUGGGUGCGGUGUGUGUCGAUGGGGCGGGAAAUACGGCGGCUGGAUGCAGCUCCGGCGGUAUACUUCUUAAAGUUCCAGGUAGAGUGGGCCAGGCAGCCACCUAUGGAGCUGGCUGCUGGGCUACCGAUACAGACGAACUGGCUAUCGCCACCUGCACAACCGGCAACGGUGAGUACCUGAUGAAAACGCUGCUGGCCAGAGAGAUCUGCCACGGGGCCUUCAGCAGCGACUGUGCGGUGACCAGUCUCCAUCGGACAUUCAAGCAGAAGUUUCUCGACUCACCGCUGCUGCCCCGACAGCAGGAUCUCUACGCCGGCGCACUGACCCUGCUCUAUUAUCCGGGCCAGAGCAGCGGCGAGGUGAUGUGGAGCCACACGACGCAGUCGUUCUGUGUCGGCUAUAUGGCAACCAACCAGAGGGUGCCAAAGUUUGUGCAUUCGCCGCUGCCCACGUACAGCGUCCCCGGCCGGUCGUGCGUCGUCAAUGGCCAUAAUUUCCAUUUGCGCAUUUAAAUGUGGGCUGGCUGGCCAACUAGCGCCAGCGGCAUCCCCCUGCUGCUCCUGGUCCUGCUGCUCUGCAUCUGCAAUUCAUUUGAUUUAAUGUUUAAUUGCCGCGACAAUCGCUGCCAAUGGCAAAUGGCAGAAAGCGGCUGAAAGCGCCGGAGGAGGAGAGCCGGGACAGAAUUAUGUACAUGCUGCUUUCUCUCGACGAAAUAUUAAGAUAAUUAAGAAAAAACUUUUAUUGUAAAUUCUCGUAGAUUGUAAUGUGUGCAGUACUAGUAGCAAUGAAAUAGGAUUUCGAAUAUUGUUCUCCUCGUCGAACCGGGUGCGCUAGAUAAAUCAGCCAGCGGUUCGGAAUAUCAUAUUCGAGGGGGCAUAUGUUUGUAUCCGUUUGUAUAUUUAGACGCGCUGACUUGUGUGCGCAUCUGUGUGUUUAUGUCCAAGUGUUUACGGCCAUCAAUGUACAGAACUUAACCCAUUAAUUUCAGCGAAACAGAAGCCACAGCAUGCACACACAAUAUCAAGGUCUCUAGUAUCAUCAGUUGUCCUCAACAUGAAUAUGUGAUCAUUGUGAAAAUGCUUUUACUUUUAGCGUAAACCGAUUUGUACAUACAAACACAGAUAUGACGCGAACUUUUUUUAAAUACAACAUUCAUACGUA